AUGCGGAGGUGCACGCGGGGCAGCCUGAGGCGUCGCGAAGCGCGGAUGCGACGAAGGUUGGGCACCGCGUCGCGCCUCCUGAGGCGGCACUCCGACACAGCACGCGUGACACCGCCGCCGACACGCGGGCGCAUCGCGGAGGCCGCCAUCACAGCGCCGCGCCCUCCCACGUCGGCCCCGAGCACCGCGACGACGACGCCGCAGAAGGGCCGGCGCGCCGCGGCCACCCGCCGCGGCCCGAUGGACGAGAUGCGCCAGCUGGUGCGCAUCCUGUGCAAGGUGAUCCCCGCCAGCGCGCCGCUCCUGGGCAUCGACACGCCGUCGGACCGCGGGAGCGGCAACCGCAUCACCGAGGAGCAGAUCCGCGGGUACCUCGACGCCGUCCUCGGCGACGAGGCCCCGCGCCCGCAGUGGGGCGUGCCCCGGGGCUGGCGGCACUACCUCGCCGAGCUGUUUGCCUGGAUGCUCGGGCGGCCCGUGACCGAGGAGCAGGCCGGGGCGUGCGCGAACCGCCUUCCCGGGCGCGCGUGGGACCGCGUCGACUCGGCGCUGCGGGCGCUCGGCCUCGCGCCCAGCACGUGGACGCUCCCGCUCACGCGCGGCGGGGGGGGGCGCGUGGGCCCGCCCGCGGGGGGCUCCGAGGGCGGCGCGAAGCCCGGGACGUCCGCGGACGGCGCGCCCGGGACGUCCGCGCCGAGCUCGCGCGCGGACCUGGCGGCGUGCGGCCUCGACGAGGUGCUGGCGGCGCUGCGGGCCAAGGUGGUCGCGGACCCGGCGCUGUGGGACGGCGUCGCGGCGCACGUGCAGGCGACGUGGGAGCAGAUCGGGCGGCCGCAGUCCGCGCGGGCGACGCAGAAGGGCGAGGCGCUGGCGCUGGCGCUGGGGCCUGCGGCCGAGCACGGCCCGCCGCCCGUGGAGGAGGAGGCGGGCCCCGGGUCGGUGAGCGAGGGGCGCGCGGGGUCGGACGGGGCGCAGGAGGCGAGGGAGGGGCCGGAGGGCAAGGCGGCGUCGACGCGCGAGGUGGUGACGCUGUGCGCGGGCAAGGUGCAGUCGCCGUGCCUGCAGGCGGCCAAGGCGAAGCACGAGCGGUCGCCGUGGCGCCCGCAGAGGGCGGGGCUGUACACGUGA